AUGGAAGCAACAAAUGGGAAGGGAACAGACAACGCUUGUGAAAUCCCAGGCCCAACCUCUAAGAACAACAUCAUAAAUUAUGGAUCCCUCCAGCCGCCUCCGGCCUGUCACUGCGCGGUCUGUCUCCAUGGACUUGCCCUGCAUGGAGGCGACUCUGCGGACCCCACCCCCAGGGUCUCCGAGGGCCCCCUUCCCACCCAUCCCCUGCGCCCCCAGGAGAGCUCGGAGCUGGGCGCUGCUGGAGGUGCCAGCUGCGGGGACCCCCGCACCCCUCGCCGGUCAGCGCAGGGUUAUCGUUGUCCCCGGGGACCCCCCCCGGCCCCCCCGCUCCGCAGGAGCACCCAGUGA